AGGUGUGCCGAGGUGUGCCAGGAGCUGUGCGGGACAGCGCUACACGGAUCCUGCCCUGGGUUACCCCCGUGGAGAUCCUACCCUGGGAUGGCAAAGGACGCUGGAAACAGAGAUUGAUGCCAGUGGUAAUUAUUCCUGGCUCUGGGAACUUGGAGCUACCUGAGCAAGUGCUUACUAGAAAUCUUUACAGGGAUUAGAGAUUCACAGACGAGGGGGAAGAUAGGAUCAGCCAUUAACAAAAGAAAUAACCCCUGUUUUGGGAAGAUCAGCAUCCAGCUGCUCUCCCCCUCAUGGUUUCCAAUUGCAACCCCCUUGAGGCUGCCUUAGUCUCUUUCUUGUGCCUGAAGCAUGCUGUGUUCCUGCUCCUGCUUUGGGUCUUAACACCCUGCAACAGCCUAAAAUGUGACUCAUGGCUCUGCUUUGUGCGGAUCAUUCAGCUCUAUCCCUGCUAAGCCCUUGUUCUGCUCCCCUUUACUUCACAGUGCACCAAGCCUUGCUACCUGCCUUUUCCUGAGGGCUUGCUCACAACCCAUAGGCGAAGGUGUCAGAUACUCUGUUUUGCCAUUUGGGUUUGUGGGCUUCUUGGUUCUGUUCUCUGAGCUGCUGCUCAUGCAUUGAUUACUCAGACCCUGGGACGUUUAAGUCUUGCAUAGUCCCAUUAAUGCAAUGAUGAGCAGUGGAAAUGCUUCCUAAGAUGAAUGGUAGCACUUAGCAGAGCUGAUAGCUUGCUGCUGGCCUCUCAGGAUAGUGAGGUGCUGGGCAUGGUUUCAAGGGGAAAGUUCCCUUUCCUCUUUGGGUUCUGUUCUUGAUAACAGAAUGCUGGUGUUACAGCAGAGUGCAGGGGCUGUUACCCACAUGCAGGGUGGGUAAUGCUCUGAAGUGCAUUGAUAUUCCAGUCGUUGUUUCAGUGCCUGAUACAAAACGAGUUCUGCUUUCCCAGUACUCAAAAACUGUUAUCUGGGCCCACUUCUGGGCUGAUCUCUGUGCCAAUGAGCAGUACUGGGACAACAGCAGCUCUGACCACAUCUCUUCCUGCCCCAUGCUUCACACACAAACACAGCAUGUCAGCAGCUCCCCCAACUGCCUUAGGAGCUGCUACUGGAGCUGCUACUCUCCUUUCCCUUUUCAGAAUGGAUUUAGUGCUAGACCUCCCCAUGACAUAAUUAGUUCUGUGCCACGUGGGCCUUGAGCAACAUCCCGGUGAUGCUAAAUGUGGCGAUCCAAGAGCAAAGAGAUUCUGCAAACACUUUCUAUGGAAAGUGCUCUGAGGAAGCGCUCAUCUGUUUGAUGAAUCCCAGGCAGAACUGCCAUCCCACCCCAGAAGUUGGGAUGAGUAAUUGUAGAUGAGUGCUCAGAAAGGGCCACUAACCAAUGGAUGUUACAUCAGACCUUUUGUUUGCACUGACGAGAGCUUGAGAUGAGUAAGUGUAGUAUUUAAUAUUGGCAGAAUGAUGCAAUUCUAACUUUAAGUCUCUCUUCAGGCAGAAGUACUGCUAAAUCUGGGCAAGUACCAUAUUGCUGGUACCAAAAAUAAUGCCAUUCCUCAUCCAGGUUUACCAGCAAUGGGUGUAUGUCAGGGGUGGGAAAUCUCUGCUUUAUUCCUGUUAUCCCUGUUGGGUGUUCAGCAAGGUGGAAAUUCCUGGCAUUCUUGGUGCAACAAAGAUGUUAGGCUGAUCUCCCAUUGUAGUGGUGCUGGGGAGCUGGAUAAGAUGACCUUUAAAGGUCCCUUCUGACUCACACGAUUCUAUGAUUCUAUGUGUAGUUACACUAAAACGAAAUAUGAUUCCUCUUCUCUUUAUAUGUAUAACAUAUUGCUGCAUGAUAUCAACAGUCUUCAGCCACCUGAGUUCUGCUAAGUGAUCCUAACCCACCAUACAGAAAUAGACAGUUCCCCAUCCGAAGGUCACGGGCACUGCUCGAUUUCCUUUUCCCUUGCAAACUCUUCUAUAAAACUGCAUCAAUAUUUUUGGCCUACCAUCCUCCAAAUAAAACAGGUUUGAACUUUUAAUUCAAGCUUGUUCUCACCCCAUGAGCUCCACACGAGACAGAAGCCUGGCUCCUUGUGGGACUGACCGGCUCCUGCUCUGCUUUGGUAUAAUGGGCCAAGGCAGAUGCCACGGGGCUUCAUGUUAGCAUAAGAAUUCUUCCAAAAAGGGAUUGCCUGUCAGUGCUUUCAAAGCAGCUUUACGCUUUGUAUUGCUGGAGUGGAUUCAGUGCUGAGGAGGAUUCUGACCCUUCAGGCCAGAUGUGGGGCUUGGUUAAAGCGUUGCCCCACAGAGAUUAUGAGCCCCUUAGCGUGUGUUCCUCUUAUUUGGUGGGAAACCUUAAAGGGACUACUUUAAGAUGCUGAAGAAAUUGAAUUAAAACGAGUGCAAAGUAAGUAACCAGGCUGUGUCAUGCUUCACAAGACUCUGCAGGGGCUAUGGGAGGCAGGCAGGUCCUCAGCAAGGCAAACCAAAAAGUUCCUGAGUUAGAAACAAGAACCACAUCGUGCUGCUGCAUGGGAGCAGGAAUCCCUUGAAGGCAGCUUUCAGAUAUCUGCGUAAAUCCGUCCCCUCACAGCUGCUCUCUGAGGCUGUGCUUCUCAUCCAUGAGAGCACAGAGGGUACAAAGCAGAGGCCAUGCCCACAGCACGCAGGGACACCAAACCCCUCUGAAUUCCAGCAGAUGUUUUGGGUUGACAAUGGGAACAUUAUAUGCCUGUUUAUUCCUUUAUCUCAGGAAGAAAUACCAUUUGGCAGCAAUUUGUUCCCUGGCAGUGGGAGUGAAUUGCUGGCCUGACUGAGCCUUGUGAGAGGAGAGGAGUGCCAUCCUGCAAGAGCUUUGCAAAGCCAGCAGUGUAUGUGCUGGCAGAGCACACGCACACCUGUGCAUGCACCGUCCUAUAAGCCCACCUCACUACAUCAUCUGUGCUGGUGCUGAUCUGUGCUGAUGGUUUCAAGCAUUUUUCCACCAGCAUCCCCCACAGUGAUCUCAUGUCCUCUGGUCAACAGUGAUUUUCAUUCCUUGAGCUCAGCAACAUGGAAGCAUCAGGCCAUAACACAACAGCCUGUGUGCACCCCGCUGUGCUUCAUGGUCAUCCCUGUACCUUCUGCUGCAACUGUGAUGGGGGAUUGCAGCAAAGACAUUGGUGAGGACUCAGCAGUGAACAUUUUGGAGGAAGCAAUGACUUCAGGCUGGCUUCUCAAAGCCUCCUGCAAUUCUCAGGCCAUAUUAUUCACCACAUAGUUUCUGCCUGUCCUCAUUUGCAAUGAUCAGCAGUCCCACACCACUGAUGUGCUGCCUUCAAUCUCUGACCCAUCCUCCUUGGGUCUGUGUUCCUGCCCAAAUCUCAUCACUGCUGUAGUUUGUGGUUACAUUUCCACUUUGGGAUUUUGAGUCAGAGAGGGAGGGUUCCCUUGAUGGUGAUCAUCAUUUCUUCUUGAUUACACACUGAGGAUGUGUUUUUUCUUAAUGAAAUCUCCAAACCAUGAUGUGUUGAGUGAUCAAAUGCAAACUAACCCCAAUCUGACAUGAUGUUUAUUUUAAGUGGAUGAAAUACGACAGUUUUGUUUAGCUCAUUGUUGAAGGGCAAAUAGUGAGUGCUUGGUGCCAGGGGACUUUGAGCUACAGCUACAUGACCUUGUGCACUGGUCUGGUCUAUGCCCAAGGGGUCAUUUUGCACCAUCUGGCUUUGUGCUAGAUCAAAUACAGUUUCUGUUGUUGUAGCUAACAGGAGACCAGAGUAUACUCAAAAUAAUAUGCUUGGCUAAUCCAACAGAAAUAUGAUUAUGUGCCCAUUCCUGCUCCAGAUCAUAUCUGCACUAAUGGGUGAUUUAGAAACACAAAAAAUAGUGAUGGUGGAGACAUGUUUAGAGAGCCAUGAACAAGCUGGACCUGAUGAUCUUUCCGCAGUGGGCAGGGGAGACAAUAGGAAUGUUCAACUCCAAUUAGAUACUUAACUUUCAAACUAGUGAUUGAGAGAGGAAUCCCACUCUUAAUGCAGAAUGACAUUGCAGGGAGUCAUCUGAGACAGAGAAAUCAGGGUUAUUUAACUGUAUGUUUUGCAUGCUGUAGUGCCUUCCUAGGUGCUCAUCUGAGGUUAACAACAAAAAAAAAGGAACAGCUGGAGUUCUAUGGUAGCGUGCCAAAUGGCCCAUUUCAAGCAGCAAGUUCAUUUAAGUGCUGUCUGGGAGUGCUGUGCUGUUCCUGUGCUUGGCAGAAAUCUCAAGACUAAUACCUCGGAGGAUUAGAGAGCAUCACUGAAUGUUAAACAAGAUCCAGGCUAAGCGGUGUGCACCAGUGAGCUUGUGCUCUGGAGGAUGUUUGGGGAAGCUAUUACUUGCUGAUCUGGAAAGAAAAGUGAGCUUGUGUGGGAAAUACUCUUCCUUCGGCUGAAUCCUUCCUGUAUUGGCUGUCUCUCCACCCUUCUCACUGUUCACCUCAGAGACUCAUGUGCUCUCUGAGGAUGGCGAAUGUUGGGGGAUGCACCUUGUGGGUUGAUUUGUGGGUUUUGUUUUGGUGUGCUGUGGUGUCUCUUCAUCCCUAUAUUAUCCGGGUUAGGACAGGAGUUGGGUAGGAAUCCAGCCCACCAACACAGCAUAGAGCUGGAGAAUGUGUCUUAGAAGGCUGUGAGCUGCAGACAUCCUGCAGCCUGUGCUCUUUUGGUAGAGCCAAUGGCUCACGGUGCGUGGUUGGCCCUAGAAAGCCCACCUGCUGUAGAAAAGAGCUGCUGGAAAGCAGUCUCUUCCCAAGAAGCAUCAAAACAUGAGUUAAUCUGGAUGCUGACAUCCUACCCCGGUGCCCACAGCAUGUAAAAGUGGCAUAGAGGCUUUGUCCCAUGGCAGAUCUUCUUCCUUUGUGCAGGAAUUCACAAUGCCUGGGGUUUCAUGUAGUUUUCUUCCCAUGCUGCAGCAGUAAAGAAAAGUACGGAAAUAUAUGUGUUUCUCUGGAUUGCUUUGGGUUGGCUUUUUUGCAUGGGUGACAGCGGUAAGAGGGGCAGUGGUCUGAGCUAAGGUCUGGGUAGUUAUGGCUGCAAGAACAGCAUUUCUGCACUUGCUAUGUUAUAAUAAAGCCAAAACAGAUUCCCGGUACUCUGCGAGAGAACAGCUUGAUAUAGUGCAUGAAUUGAUUGUUCAGGGGAAAAAAAGCCAGAUGGUGGUAUCUCAAUGAAAAGCCUGUUCCAGCAGCGAUGCAACAGGGAAGCAUGUGGAAAACCAUGCAGAGGCUUCGCUACUCCAGCAAUGACUGUUGCCCUCUGUUCAUGAAGAGGAUGCACUACUGAUAUAUAAUGCUAGUACACCAUCUACACCUCAUCUUACUGAUGCAAAAUCCACCUGUUUGUGGCAGGGCUUCCCCAGAGUUUCAUGGUAUCGUUUCCUCUUUGUGUUCUUACCUUUGCACUCAUCGAACCAGGAAGAUUAAGAAAAUGUUCCUAUAAAUGGUGGUGGUGUCCACAUAAUGGUACGAUAUUUAUCCUACACUCAGCAUCUUUGUAUUGCAUAGCAUGGGAUGUUGGUUUUUUUAAUAUAAUUGCUCUUAUCUUUAGACACAGCAAAGAAUGGUGUUUCAUUUCCAUAAUUUGGCUCAUUCCGUUUGGUCAUCUCACCCAGGAUUUGUCUGAAUCAUCAUUUCUUGGAAGCAAGAAGGGAUAUAUAUAGGAACUAAGUGACAGUCAUGGAGAAAAGCUGACUCAUGGUUCAUGCAGAAACAUUGUCCUGAAUAUUGAGCUUCCUUAAAUGUCCUUAAGAAUCCAAAUGCUGGAAAAUAAGGUGCAUAGACCUAAAUUGUGGGAAAAUACUGGUGCUGCAUCCGUGGUGCUAGCAUGGAAACUUUCUCAUCACUGAUCAAACUUAGGGGAAGGAAAAAGACAUUAAAGCAAGAGUGACAUUAGGGAGAGGGAGUUAGGCAUUAUAGCAUAAAGGAACCCUUUGUCUGGCUAAUCUUUGCUGCAGCAGAAUAUUGUUGCCUGGUUAAAUCUGCUCUGUGUAUUGGCACGGCAAGUUUUUGAAGAUGGGCUGAGGCAGCUGCAGCCAAUUGCGUUUGCACAGAUAAGCUGGAACAAAUAAGUAAGCUCCGAAAAUCUGGCCAGAUUUAUCUUCAAAGCAUUUUCAAGCAGCUAAUUGAAAAUUAUCCAAGCCACCUUCCUGAUUUCUUGCAUAUUAUUGCAUUAAUUUGCCAGCGAGUGGAAGAGCGCUUGGAAAACAUACAAAGGAUUCUGUGAGUGCUAAGCUUUGCUAGUUGGAUGUUAUUUAAUUAUAAAUGUGUCCUUGUUCCGGUGGUAAUUUAAAGCCAGCUUCUGCUGCUGGGUUCUGUUCUUCAGACCCUGGUGGGACUGAUCAUUGGACAACACACCUCUGGUGCACCUGCAGCACUGCCGCCGGUAGGGAGCACAGCAUUAGGCAUCCGUGAGCCCUUUGGGUGUGUUUCUCAUUCCUCUGAAAUGUGUACGUGCAGAAUGGUGCUGUUCCUAUUGGAACUGCUGAUGAAAGGCUGCUCCUGGCAACAGCAGCCUCCCCCGUAUUGCUGAGCCGAAGGGAGGCUUUGUAAUAGCGUGCUGUAAAAGGAGGUCCUCACAUCCCCGGGAGCUGAGUAAAGUUCCCCAGCUGCCUGGACAGCAGUUCGCAGUGUUGCACAUGCAGAGAACAGCCCGGUCACCGCGUGCCUUCCUUUAUCUCCCUCUCAGCUGAAGCAGCCCUUGAGGACAGCCGUGUUCUCAGGACUGCAGCGUGGAUUUGUCUCACUUUUGGGAGGCUUUCCCCUGGUAAACCAGUGAGUGGAUUACACUGGAUCCAUAUGAUCGCAAUGGUCCUGGCUCAGCCCUCCGCCAUCUAAUGUGUGUGCCAGAACUCGCAGCCCCUCAGUAGGCACACGCUGACCGCCCCGCAGAGCAGCCCCAGCCGCAGCCACCAACACUGGACCCGCUCUGCUGCGCCGUUCAUGGCAAAGCCCCAUCACUUAACGGGAGAGAAUGGCUUCCACUUCUCCCAGCCACUCGUCUUCCCCAGCCCAUCCCCUGUGGGGGAGGACAGCUCGGCCUUCGAUUCGGCAGGCGGCACGCCACUGAGCAACGGCACUCCCAGCAGCGCCGAGUCCUGCGGGCUGCCCCUCUGUGAGGCCAAAGGCAUUAAAUACAUCUCAGCCGAGCAGGAAGAGCUGGCGUGUGGCUGGGGAGGGUUCACCCCCGGCUGCUUGCAGCUCUUCAACACUUCCAAGGGCGUUUUGUUCUUCCUCUGCGUGGCUUCCUUCCUGCAAGGCAUGACGGUGAACGGCUUCAUCAACACGGUCAUCACCUCCAUCGAGCGCCGCUUCGACCUGCGCAGCUACCAGAGCGGGCUGAUCGCCAGCUCCUACGACAUCGCGGCCUGCCUCUGCCUCACCUUCGUCAGCUAUUUCGGGGGGAACGGCCACAAGCCACGGUGGCUGGGCUGGGGCGUGCUGGUGAUGGGCCUGGGCUCCCUGCUCUUCGCUUUGCCCCACUUCACCACGGGCCGCUAUGAGGUGCGCUCCUCAGCUGAGGUGGGCGUCUGUGCCGCCAACCACAGCCUGCCCUGUGCUGCGGCCGCCUCCAGCCUCUCCAGCUACAGAUUUGUCUUCAUGCUGGGGCAGUUCCUGCACGGGAUGGGAGCCACGCCGCUCUACACGCUGGGCGUCACCUAUUUAGAUGAAAACGUCAAGACUAACUACUCCCCUGUGUACAUUGCUGUUUUCUACACUGCUGCAAUCCUUGGGCCUGCAGCGGGUUAUCUGGUAGGAGGAAUGUUUCUAAAUAUUUAUACUGAAAUUGGCAGAGAGACUGACAUCUCCCCAGAGAACACGCUGUGGGUGGGGGCAUGGUGGAUCGGCUUCCUGGGGGCUGGAGCAGCCUCACUCCUCAUCUCCAUCCCCAUCCUGGGCUACCCCCAGCGCCUCCCAGGGUCCCAGAGGUAUAUUGUUAUGAGGGUGUCCGAGGCUCAUCAGCUGAAGGAUGGGAGCCACAAAAAAGCAUCAGAUCCAGACUUUGGGAAAACAGUUAAAGACCUACCUCGAUCAGUAUUGCUGCUCCUGAAGAAUCCCACUUUCAUCUUCCUCUGCUUAGCAGGAGCGACAGAAGCCACUCUCAUUGCUGGGAUGUCCACAUUUGGACCCAAGUUCUUGGAAUCUCAGUUCAGUUUAAGUGCCUCUGAAGCUGCUACCCUUUUUGGCUAUCUGGUUGUGCCGGCUGGAGGUGGAGGCACAUUCCUGGGAGGAUUCCUUGUGAAUAAAUUCAAACUCCGCUGCUCAGGAAUCAUCAAAUUGUGUUUACUUUGCACAGUGUCAAGUCUGCUAGCUAUUUUCAUUUUUUUCAUUCACUGCCCUAACAUGCCAAUGGCAGGAGUAACUCAGAUGUACAACGGAAGCACUUUGCCUGGCAGCCAGCUGAACCUGACGGCAGUGUGCAACGCAGACUGCGGCUGCCUGCAGGAAACCUACAGCCCCGUCUGUGGAAGCAAUGAUGUUAUGUAUUACUCUCCUUGUCAUGCUGGGUGCAGGAAAGUGUCUGAAAACCUCCGGAAUGGCAAGAAGGUCUACCAUGAGUGUAGCUGCAUUGAGAAAACUCUCCUGCAUGGCCCUGGUGAGGCAGAAGCAGGGAAAUGCACCUCCCCUUGUGCAAAAAAAACCCUGCUGCUCUUCUUCAUGUUCGUGGUGAUCCUCUUCACCUUCCUGAGCAGUAUUCCUGCCCUGACCGCAACGCUACGGUGCGUCUCCGACAGGCAAAAGUCAUUUGCACUUGGGAUCCAGUGGAUCGUGGUCCGAACGCUAGGAGGUAUCCCUGGCCCCAUUGCCUUCGGGUCGAUGAUCGACAAAUCCUGCCUGCUCUGGCAGGACCAGUGUGGUGAGCAAGGCUCCUGCUAUGUGUACCAGAACUCAGCCAUGAGUCGCUACACCCUGAUCACAGGGCUGGUCUACAAGGUGAGGUGCUGGGGACAACCUUCUUCACCAUCGCCUGUGUGCUGUACAAACCACCGCCGACAGAAUCAGCCCCCGGCAGCUCAGACACAUCAGAAAAUGGCAAUGGGGACCUCCAGGAAACCAAACCUUCGCUCCCAGCUGAGGAGGAUAUAUGAGGCUGUGCGCAUGCCAGUGACUUUCUCGGUCUCAAAAAUACAACAGAAAGACAUUAUGCAGCCCCAAAGUUUUUAAUUAUUAGUAAUAUUAUCACUUGUUUUUUACUUCAGGAGAAAUAAUUUAAUUAAUCACUGGUGUGCUUGCUAUUUUCUUAACAGCAGAAGCACAUUUCAAGUUGUCUGCUGAUGCAAUAUGCAGUUAUUUAAUUUUAUUUAAAGAAAGGGCUACCGUAGCUGUAUUCUCUGUCUGUGACAAGGAAGGACCAUGAUCUCCAUGAGUGGAAACAGACACCAGUAACUCCAAUGGAGUGAGUGGGGUUGAAGUCACUAGAGGAUCCAGUCCCUAAUAUCUCAAUUGUAAAGCCAACUGUAGCAAAACUUCCCAUGAGACUUCCUUGCCUGAAAAGACACCUGCUGUCCUGCAGUCUGCAUUGCAAAGGCAACCGGCCCUUAAACUCCUGGAUGCAAAGCGGACAGCCCAGCCAGAACUGUCUUCCUGCAACACACAGCUUCAUGCCACUUCAUGCUGGCAUCCUCCAACCUUUUUGUUUAGAAGCAGAGCAUCUAGUUAUGCAAGCUGGUAUUCCUGUGCAAUGGGAGGUGAUAGGUUUGGGAUGAGGUUUGUCCAACAAAUCCAUCAGUACACUACAGGCAGAGAUCCCUGGGAGCUGCUGAGCACUGUACUUCGCUGCCUCGUUUACUGCAGGGUUUACACCAUGGUGACACUUCAUUUUUUUGUUGUGUUGUUGAGAGGUGAUGCCUUUCACAAUGUCCUGUGCAGAACUUGGUCGUGUUUCUUGCUGUUUGUUGGAUGCAGGAGGAUGUGAGAUGUGGAUCUAUGCGAUGCUUCUCUUCGGUUGCUCUGUACAAUGUUGGUAUGGGGUACAUGCAAAAAGUCAGAAUGGAUUUAUUUGUCUCUCGACUGCUAGCUUAAGGGAGAGCUCACCAUAAAGACAGGCUGCUUUGUGGAAAGGGGAUGCUGACCUAUACCCAGUGUGGUGCUUCAGCCAGAGAAGGCAGUGUUCCCAAAAUGGCCUUUGAGUGUGCACCUGCAAUACUGACCAGGGGUAAAGAGGGGAGAAUUUCAGCAUCCAGCAGGAGUUUCCCUGGCUUCCCCCACAGCCCCCAUCGGGUCAGAGGCUCCAUCUGCCUGCAAUUGCACAGCCUGAAGGUUCAGGUACAGCUGUGGAGAAGUGGAGGCUGGGAAGAGCUGUGGGCAGCCCUGGAGGUGCUGCACCGAAUCAUCUGUUGAGCAGGACAUACGUUACUGAGCUGCAGUGCUGGCCCUGCUCUGUGCCAGGUGCUGCUUGGAAUUGCUUUGUGGUUGUUUUGUAUAUUUUGUAUAUUUAUGACUUUGUAAGCAUUUUUUUUUUCCUUUGGCUGCUUAAACAUUGUCAGCUGGUGCAGCAUGAUGAUGUGAUGAAGGGCACAAUGAGUACAGAAUGCAGGAGAGCCCUUCUGUCCCAGAGGGUCAGGGUUGGACACGUGGAUGCAGGAAUUGACCUCAGCAUCACCCAGACACCAAAGGCUUCUUCACAACCUGGCCUGGUUUUGGAGGCACCUGCAGACAAGAGUCUCCCCUCUUUGCCCUUCUCAACGUACAGAUGUUUUGGGUACAAGCAGGGAUCUCAAAUGGGGAAAACGCAUGAAUGUAUUUUGGGAACAUGUUUUACGUAUGAUGUAUUUAUGAAAGGUGGAAAUUUUUUUUAAUAUAGAAAUAUAUAUACAGAUAUCACAGUACAAUCCUUGUGCUUAUUAAAUGAGCCUUAUCUGAA